AUGGGCCUGAACACCCACAUCCUCAAAGCUAUCGCGAAGAAGGGCUUUACUAUUCCCACGCCGAUUCAGAGGAAGACGAUCCCGAUGAUUCUGGAUGGACAGGAUGUCGUCGGUAUGGCCAGGACCGGGUCCGGCAAGACGGCGGCCUUCGUCAUCCCCUUGAUUGAGAAGCUCAAGUCGCACUCGGCCAAAGUGGGCGCGCGCGCGAUGAUCUUGUCGCCGACACGAGAGCUCGCGCUGCAGACGCUGAAGGUGGUAAAGGAGCUCGGUAAAGGCACCGACCUUCGUGCCAUCUUACUUGUCGGCGGCGACAGCUUGGAGGACCAAUUCGGAAGCAUGGCCAGCAAUCCCGACAUCAUCAUCGCCACGCCGGGUCGCUUUCAGCAUCUCAAGGUCGAGAUGGGGCUGGAGUUGUCAAGCGUGAGCUAUGUCGUCUUUGACGAAGCCGACCGAUUGUUCGAGAUGGGUUUUGCGUCGCAGCUAAUGGAGAUCAUGCACUCGCUGCCUUCCUCCCGUCAGACACUGCUCUUCUCAGCGACUCUACCAAAGUCUCUUGUCGAAUUUGCCAGAGCCGGGCUACAGGAUCCCAAGCUGGUCCGACUGGAUGCCGAGAGCAAGAUCGCACCAGGCUUGGAGAGUGCCUUCUUUACCGUGCAACGAGCGGAGAAGGAAGGUGCGCUACUACACGUUCUACAAAACGUCAUCAAGAUGCCUCUGGGUACCCCUUCUCCAAAAGACGACACGAAAGACUCAAAGGGCAAGAACCGAAAACGCGGCGCAGCUGGUCCGCCUUCCGGCGAAACGCCCUCGCCCUACUCUACCGUUGUCUUCGCCGCCACAAAGCAUCACGUCGAGUACCUGGCCCCGUUGCUCAAGGCGUUUGGAUAUGCCACAUCCUAUGUGUAUGGGUCAUUGGACCAGACGGCACGCAAACUGCAAGUCCAGGACUUCCGAUCUGGCGUCACGAACAUCAUGGUGGUGACCGAUGUCGCGGCCCGAGGUCUCGACAUCCCCAUCCUGGCGAACGUAAUCAACUACGACUUCCCCUCCCAGCCAAAGACUUUCGUCCAUCGAGUAGGACGCACGGCACGAGCGGGGAAGACGGGUUGGAGUUACAGCUUGGUUACUGUGCAGGACAUGCCGUACUUACUCGACUUGCAGCUGUUCCUCAGCCGGAAGCUGAUUUUGGGUCGUGUCGCGAAGGAGCACGGGAUGUUCAAGGACUGCAUCGUGGUGGGUGGUAUGGUCAGGGACAAGCUCGAGAGCUGUGUGGAAGAAGUAACGCAGUAUCUGGGCGAGGACGAAGACCUUACAGCCUUGCGCGAGGUGGCCAACAGGAGUGAGAAGCAGUACAUGCGGACGCGGAAUGGCGCGGCGGCGGAAAGUGUGAAGCGAGCGAAGCAGGUCUUGCAGAGCGAGAAUGUGAACGGCGUCAACGCACUCUUUGACGAUGAGGGUGACAGCAAUGAGGAACAGCAGCGAAUCGACAUGCUGGCGCGAGUGAGUGGGUUCCGGCCACAGGAGACUGUGUUUGAGAUUGGGAAACGAGGCAACACGAGCGACGCGGCGACCGUGAUGAGAAAACAUCGAGCAAAGGUCGAAUCACGGCAAGCAAAUGCCGCUGCUCAACGACGUGAUGCCGAGAGGGUUGCUAAAGAAGAUGACGGAACUCGCGACAUUCCCACCACCAUGGACGUCGAUUCCGAGGAAGAACUCGUGCUCACAGGACCUACAGAAGACAUGGACGAAGCGUCCGAAGGCGAGCUUGAACUUACCUUCACCAGACCCGACGAUCCCAAGAAAGCGAGAAAGGGUGGCAGCGCCUGGCAAGACUCGGAGCACUUUAUGGCCUACACUCCUUCCACCCUCAACCUUGCCGAAGAUCGAGGCUACGGAGUGCACUCGGGCUCGAACAACCACAACAACUUUGUCGAAGCGGCGCAAGGCGCAACAAUGGACAUUCAGAACGACGAGACCAAGUCUUUCGGUGAGCCCAGCAAGCAACGCGCCGUCGGCAUGCGCUGGGACAAGAAGGGGCGGAAGUUCGUGUCGCGCGCCAACGACGAGGACGGCUCGAAGGGAGCACGAAUGAUCGUCAGCGAAAGCGGGCAGAAGAUUCCCGCCUCCCUCCGCUCCGGCCGCUUUGAUGCCUGGCGAAAAGCGAACAAGAUCGAACGAUUACCCCGAGUCGGCGAACUGGAGCGCAAAGGGGCUAAUCACUUUACCGCGCAUGGUGCCGGGGGAAAGCGGUUCCGGCAUAAGAAGGAGUUGGCGCCGAAAGAGGCGGACAAGUUCCGGGACGACUACCACGUGCGCAAGAAGAGGGUCGACGAGGCGAAGGAGAAGCGGGUGGGCAGAUUUGCGGAGGGGGCGGGCAAGCAGGAGCUGAGAGGGGUGGACGACGUGAGGAAGGCGAGGAAGCUGACGGCGAAGCGGAAGGAGAAGAACGCCAGGCCGAGUCGGCGGGCAUGA